UAAGUAAAACAUUUGAACAAGUUAAAUGUUUAAAGGUGGACUAGCCUCAAUUGCUGUAAAGGGACCUACAAGUGCUAAAUUGUGCAAUGUUAUGGUGAUGUGUGCAUGUUGUAAGGUUUAAGUGCGUGCUUAUUUGCACCUAGUAAUGUCUGAUUGAGGUGUGAACGACCAUUCAUAGCAUUUGAAAACAAGUUCAUUUGCGAACAUUCAAAGGUGUAGAACAACAUUUAAGUGAUUAAGUCACUGCAAUGAAAAAUUAAGUUUAUUGUACAUUUAGUCAAUAUAUUAGACAGGUUGGUUGAUAAAGUAAAUUACAGGAGUCAGUAGUAAUUCAAGAUAGCCUACUGUAGUCAAGUGAUAAAACUAUAACAUCAUUACAUUAGUAAUCAGAUAAAUACUGAGUUCAUGAGACUUCCUAAAAAUGGAUAGUGAGCAAGCAGAUAAAACUCUUAAGAGGGAGACUGAAAUAAGUGAAGGCAAACAACCUGCCCCAGAAGAUGCACUAAGAAGAAGUGAAAGAUCGAGAAGGCUCACUGAGAAGGGACAAGAACUCGAAGAGACUAAACUCAAAGGUCUCCAACAUCGUUUCUCACGUACCUAUGACAAGUGGAAGAGUCUUGCUAAGAAAUCAAGGAAGGAGAUAGAGGGAGCCUCUUCUCAAGAGAACCUACAAACUCUCAUCAACAAGAUAAAAGAAGCAUCAAAUGAUGUACAGCAGGCGUACGAAGACCUGCGCAAAUGCAUAAUCCCUGAUAAAGAGACACGCCGUCGAACAGACACCUGCGACACUGUCUCAAGGCAGAUAUUAGAGCAUGCUUGGAACCAUCUCCAAGACAAAGAUAACGAGCAAGAAAUAGAGUGGUUUGAGACUGGCUCUGUGUUCUCAUUAGGAGUAUCAGAAGCAUGCAGUGCAAGCUCAAGAUCAUCACUCUCAAGUAAAUCGUCAUGUAAAUCUUCAAAAAUAAGUGAAGCUGCAGCAGAAUUAGCCGCAAAUGAAGCCACUUUGGAAGUCCAAGAGCAAGUGGAGCGUGAGGAACGUGAACUCAGAAACCUAGAAGCUGAGUACAGACAAAGGCUUGCACAACAAGAAGAAGAAUGUGCUGCAAAUAAACAGGUCUUGGAAGAAAAGCGCAGAAAGAUAGAACGCUUAGAGACCAUAAAAAAGAUGAAUGCCGCCAAGGCCAAACUAGAAGUGUAUAAACAAGAACAAGGAUCAACCUCAGACUUGCUGGAUCUAUUCAAGGAUUAUAAGCCCAAACGAGAAAGGCUUACAUUCGACUCAAAACCUGCUGUCACGCCACAAUUAAUCACAAGGAUGCAAUCUUCUAUAACUACUCCCAAAGAGGAUAGCACAACUGAUUUCGCCAAGGUACUAGCAGAGUCCUUCAGUGUAAGCCGUCUCCCAGCACCAGAGCCUGCUGUUUUCAGUGGAGAUCCACUAAAGUACAAGGGCUGGGAAAUGUCCUUUCAAACGCUGAUAGGCAGAAAGAAUAUACCAGCGAACGAAAAAAUCUACUACCUACAAAAAUAUGUUGGUGGACCAGCAAGGAAAGCCAUUGAGGGAUACUUCCUUCUGGGAACAGAUGCAGCCUAUCAGACAGCGCUCAAUGUCCUGGAAAAAAGAUAUGGAAGCUCCUUUAUGGUUGCUAAGGCUUUCAGAGAUAAGCUGGUCUCAUGGCCAAACAUAGGACCCAAGGAAAGCAUUCAGCUACGAGAGUUCUCAGACUUCCUUCAAGGCUGUCAAGCAGCCAUGUCGCAAAUAAAGAGCCUGGAGGUCCUUAACGACUGUGGUGAAAACCAACGAAUGCUCUCCAAGCUCCCCGACUGGCUUACAGCAAGAUGGAACCGAAGGGUGACCAGAAUGGAAAAGGAAAAUGAGACUUUCCCCAGCUUCGAUCAGUUCGUGGAAUUCGUCACAGAGGAAGCCGAUAUAGCUUGUAAUCCGAUUACCUCCCUUCACGCUCUGAAGUCUGGAGAUCGUGGAAAGGAGAAGCCACAAAAAACACGAAGUGUUGGUGCUAAGGUGCUAGCAAGUAGCUCUGAAGAGAAAACAGAUGCUAAAGGAUGUGUAUUCUGUGAGAAGUCAAAUCAUGGCUUACAGACAUGUCGAAGGUUCUUGAAAGAGACAACUGCAGAACGAGUCAAGUUUGUGAAAACAAACAAGCUCUGCUUUGGAUGUUUGAAAUCAGGACAUCAGUCCAAGAACUGUGAGAAGCGAAGUAUUUGUGAGACAUGCAAAAGGAAGCAUCCAACAUGUCUACAUGAAAAUCGUCCAAGGGAAGACGAUAGGAAAGAACAAGAGGAUGGCGAAAGAAAGGAGAGUGGGAGACGCUUUAAGAAAAGGGAAGACUUAUCAGAGUCUGAAGAGAAAGAAGAGACACCAGUAGAGGCAACAGCUAACAGAGUGGUGCAAGACAAGAAGAGCACCUAUUCCUCCACAGUUGUUCCUGUAUGGCUGUCCACAGCAAGUAAUCCAGAGCAGGAAGUGCUCGUAUACGCUCUAUUGGACAACCAAAGCGACACCACCUUUAUCCUGCAAGAAACGGCAGAAGUGUUAGUUACAAAGAAACAGCCUGUGCAAUUAAAGCUCUCCACGAUGUCAUCCAAAGAUACCAUCAUCCAAAGUCAGAAGUUAACUGGACUGCAGGUCAGAGGUUAUAAUGAGACAAGGAAAAUAUCUCUCCCAGUAACCUACACGAGAGAGUUUAUUCCUGCAAACCUAAGUCAUGUCCCAAUACCUGAGACAGCAAGAUUAUGGCCUCACCUAGAGCACCUUGCUGGAGAGAUCACUCCUUUAUGUGACUGUGAGAUUGGCCUGCUCAUAGGCUACAACUGUUCUCAGGCCCUGUUGCCCAGAGAAGUGGUGUCAGGAAAGGAUAAUGAGCCUUUCGCUCAACGAACAGACUUGGGCUGGAGUAUAGUUGGCUGUGCAGAUCCCUGCGUCGAUUAUGGAGACGCAAUUGGAAGCAGCCACAGGAUCGUUGUGAAACAAGUUAUCACACCACCAGAAGUCAUUAAGGCACUCGAAUCAGACUUCAACGAAAGAGUAGCCGAAGAUGCUCAUAUCUCACAGGAAGAUCUACGUUUUCUAUCCAUAAUGGAGAAAAGGCAUCCGGACAAGGAAAAAAAGCUCAAGUCGGAGCACGCCAGCAGAGCUGAGCCGCAGAGUCAGUUGGAGCGCUGGAAGGAAAAGGAGCGAGCCGGGCCCGCUUCCGCCCACUUCCCGGGCAAUAAACUCAAGUCUCUGUCCGCCGCCAAGAAGCACGAAGACGGCCGAAAGGGUCGAGACAAGCGCUCCGAUACGGAUCACAGAGAGAGGGACCGCGCGAGUUACGACAAGAAGAAGCCGUCGGAGAAAGGCUCAGAUCACGGCAGAUCCGAUCGCUCCAAGGACUGUGAGCGAAAAAGAAAAGACAAGCUUAAAGAUGGGACGCUUUCCUCCACUUCCAAUCCGAAAUCACUUCUGGAGGAGAAGAAGUCUUCUCUCUCUGAAAGUGGCAAGUCCUCAUUCACAAAAUCCAAAGAAGAGGCAGCGGGGAGGAUGCCGGAGAAGGAUCGGGAGCGGAGGGAGCGAGACAGAGAUUCGGACAGGCACAAAGACAAGGAGCGCCACAAGGACCGUUCCCAGCAGAGCAAGGCCAACAAAGUCAAGCCCAGCGGAGACAUCAAGGUGGGAGAGAUGUUAGCAGAAGACACUGAAGUUCGAAAGGCCUUCGUGAGCAAGACCUUGACGACGGAAGACUCACUGCUUGAUCGCUUCCAGAAGUUCUCCAGCUGGAUGAUGUUAGUCAAAGCCAUCGCUAGACUCAAACGACGUGUCAAAGAGCGCAAGGAUCAAUGACAUAGUGAUUAUAAAGGAUGAAAAUACACCAAGAAAUGAAUGGAAGCUGGCUAAGGUCACACAAGUGUACCCAAGUGAAGAUGGUCAUGUGAGGAAGAUACAGUUAUUGAUCAGCGACUCAGAACUAAGUGACACUGGAAAACGAGUCAACAAGCAAACCUACCUGGAGAGACCUAUACAUAAGACUGUGACCUUGCUUGAAGCAGAAUGAGAGCCUCCAGUCUACCCUCUCUAGAGCCCCUCCCUAGCGCCAGCUAGCUUAUGACCUAAUCCUUAGUUAUAGUUACCUUAAUUAUACUUACCUCAGUUAUACUUGCCCUUUUUCUCUUAGUCCUACGCAUCUCAGAUAGUUAAAGGAAAUCACAAGUGAUUUGGUGGGAGUGUAGCUGCCAUAAGAAAAUGCACUGAACGUUUUGAUCUAAGCUCUGUUUCAAGUGGGAACCAAUUUUAGUUUUUGUGUUAGCGGUUCCUUUUUGAGAGUUACACAAGGGCGAGAGUGUCUGAUUUUGAGCCACCGGGUGGCGACGUUUUUCCGUUUGAACAAGCAAGUGGUGAAGAACGCAAGAAAUGCUUAUUUUGUUUCCUUUCUGAUAGCAUUUUUGUUUAUUGUUGAAAGCGGAGUUUGAAGACCUACCUGUAUUGUCACGAUUUACGUUUUUCUUCGUUUUCUCCCUCGAGCAAAUGCGGCAAUGAGUUCUCACGGCAUGUGUGUGGAGAAGUUGAAUAAAUGCCCGUUUUGAAGAA